GCAGUCCUGGGUAAUUUUUGGGAGUAACUUCAGUGGCACCCCGCCUCCCCCUCCCCCUUUCAUUCCUGAGGCAAGACCAAGGAGAAACCGACUUGGUCCAGGCGGGAAUGGUGAACGAUCCACACAGAAUGCAACCCAGACGGCUUCAUUUUUAAUCAAGUCAUAAUAGAAGGUUUUGCAUGCAUUUUAUUUAUUUAUUUAUUUGUGCGUGUUUAACGUAGGGAAACUUUUUUUCCUCCCCUCCAAGUAAAGUUUAGCUCACUGAGCGAAAAGUCUCAACUCACAUUAGUUUCAAGGAGGCGGAUAUACGGUACAAUGGAUCUUGUGACACUGGUGGCAUUCAGUUCCUGGCUGGCUCCUGCGCUUGGAUCAGCAUUUGGAAGGGAGGUGUUUGUUUCUGCAGCUGAUGAUGACAAAGACUACGACAGGGAUUUUCAAUACGGCAGCAACACGUCUCAAAAGUUGGGACGGGGACAUGAUGUUACCAACGUGCAGCAUCCCCUCUUCUUUCAACAGCAGGGAAACAUCUGGGAAUCGAGCAGACCAGUUGCCAGACCUUUGGGAGAGGAAUGUUGUUGACAUGGGAUUCUAGCAGCUAAACAGUCCUGGGACUUGUUGACUGUAUUUCUCAUUUUGUGACAGGCUCUUUUACAAUGAGUGUAAUAGAAUCAGAGAUUCAAGCUUUCGAACUGAGCACUGAUACCAAUCCAGAUGUUUCAUACCUGUCCUCUUUAGCCAGCGGGCAUGGCAUCCAUGUUUUCCAAAAAGAAUUGAAAAUUCGAUUUGAUCACAUAACGGUUUGGCCAAGAGAAGGUUUCUGUGGAACCCAACCUUUUUUUUUUUUUUUUUAGAUGCGUUGCUGCCAUGAAAUUAAGAAUGAUCAAAGUUUUUAAUGAAAUAGUCAAAAAUUGAGAAAAAGCCUUAGAAGUUACACACUACACUUGUAAGAAUCAUAGUUCGUAUUGGCAACAAGAGAAAGUGCCAUUAAAACCUCUGCUUCUAGGUUAAUAGAUUUAUCUGAAGUUCAAAGUGAUGAUGUUGGCAUGGGAUACUGUUUGACUAUAGUUGCAUUAUUUUUUAUGACUUUAAUUGCAUUAGAGUAACAGGUAAUAACUAUUUAAAUCCAUAGCAGUUUGAAUACAUGUACAAUGUACCGUAAUAAGUGUUUUUGUUCUUUUUAACAACAAAAUAAACUUGUGAUCAAAA